AUGGCGCCGCCGCCGCCUCCUCCCCGGCCCCGCGCCGCGCCGCCCCCGCUCUCCCAUUGGCCGCCUCCUCCCGCGCCCCGCCUCGGCCUCGCGACCAUUGGCUCGAGCCGCCGCCCUCCGCCCUGUCGAAGCGCGCCGAUUGGUCGCCGCCCCGUCGCGGCGGGGGCCGCCGUUGGUCGAUCGCUCGCCCGCAUUGGCUCCCUCAACUUUUCGUCCCGCCUCUCCUCGCACGCCAUUGGGCGGCGAGCCCGCGACCUUUGGUCGGUCGUACGUCUCACGGCUGGUUCCCCUCCGAACGGGGCCGGAGAGACGCCAUUGGUCGCUUCGCCCGUCACUCAAGGCCUCGGCGCGUGCUGUUAUUUGGAAGGCUCUGAUUGGCUGCGCGCGGGGGCUGACGGGAGGCCGGAAGUCGGCGGGGUGACGUCACGCGGCGCCCCUCGGCACCGGAAGUCGGGGCUCAGUGGGUGCGGAUUUCCGCCGCCGGGAGGCGCCGAUUGGCUCUUGAGCCACGUGGGCGGGGCCAAACAUGGCGGGGGGCGCCGAUUGGUCGAGGCGGCAGUUUGUGGGCGGAGCUUUGCGGGAGGCCGGGCCGCUAUUGGAGGGCGGGAGGAGCGGCGCGGGGUGACGUGUGCGGUACCGGCUGCACGGCCGGUGUCGGGGCGAUGCGCGGGCGGGGGCAGGACGCACAUGGCCAGGAUCGCCGCCCCGUGCCCGCCGUGCCGCUCCGCCGUGUCUUGCGGUUUCCCGGUCCCGCGGCAGCGCCCGGCGUUGCUGGGUCUGUCCGUUGCCGCGGGGCUGUUGCUGCUGCUGCUGUUGGCCGGGCCCCGCCGAUGGGCAUCGCCGCCCCGUGACGGCCGGAGGAACGAACGGUACGUGGCGCGGAUGGAGGAGCUGGCGGCCACCGACACGGAGGACCCGUCGCUCAGCUACGGGGUGGUGGUGGACUGCGGCAGCAGCGGCUCCCGGGUGUUCGUCUACGUGUGGCCGCCGCACAACGGGCACCCGCACGACCUGCUGGACAUCCGGCAGAUGCGGGACCGCGGCAGCCGCCCCGUCGUCAUGAAGGUGAAACCCGGCAUCUCUGCGGCCGCCGCCACCCCGGAGCGAGCCACCGCCUACCUGCGGCCACUGCUGCGAUACGCGGCCGCACACGUGCCCGCAGGGAAGCACAAGGAGACGCCGCUGUACGUCCUGUGUACGGCCGGUAUGAGGCUGCUGCCGGACAGGCUGCAGGCUGCCAUUCUGGAGAACCUGGUGAAGAACGUGCCCCUCGAGUUCGAUUUCCUCUUCUCCGAAUCGCACGCUGAAGUCAUCUCAGGAAAGCAGGAAGGUGUCUACGCUUGGAUCGGCAUCAACUUUGUGCUGGGACGGUUUGAUCACGAGGAUGAGGAGGCUGCAGUCGUCACCGUAGCACUGGGAGACCAGGUGGAGUCCUUGGUACGGAAACGAACGGUUGGGAUCCUAGACAUGGGGGGGGCCUCUCUGCAGAUCGCCUAUGAGGUGCCUGGCUCCGGAGCCUUUUCAUCCCCGCAGCAGGAGGAAGCUGCUAAGAGCCUGCUGGCAGAGUUCAACCUGGGCUGUGAUGUGCAGCACACCGGCCACGUGUACCGUGUCUACGUCAACACCUUCCUGGGCUUUGGAGGCAACUUUGCUCGGCAGCGCUAUGAGGAGCUUGUGCUGAACCAGACCUAUGCACACAACCGCCUGCAUAGCCAGAAGACAGGGUUGAGCCCUGAGACUCCCUUCCUGGACCCCUGCCUGCCCGUGGGGCUGGAGGACACGGUGACAAGGGGCAGCAAAACACUGUAUGUGCGCGGGCGAGGGGACUGGCAGGCCUGUGCUCUGCUGCUGCACCCGCUCCUGGCAGGGUCCAACAGCAGCCAGGACUCUCUGACUGGGGCCUACAAAGCACCCAUUGACUUCAGCAACAGUGAGUUUUAUGGCUUCUCUGAGUUCUUCUACUGCACUGAGGAUGUGCUGCGCCUAGGGGGCCACUACAGUGCCCGUGCCUUCAUCUCUGCUGCCCAGGAAUAUUGCAGCCAGAGCUGGGAGGUGCUUACCCAGCGCUUCCAGAGUGGCCUGUACUCAGCACAUGCAGAUGAGCACCGGCUCAAGUAUCAGUGCUUCAAGUCUGCCUGGAUGUACCAAGUCCUUCACCAGGGCUUCCACUUCCCCCUGGACUACCCCAGCCUGCACACAGCCCAGCUGGUGUAUGACCGUGAGGUGCAGUGGACGCUAGGAGCCAUCCUGUACAAGACACGCUUUCUGCCACUCAGGGAUCUCCGGCAAGAGAGCAGCCGGCAAGCACACACCUCCUGGCUGCGCCUUUCUUUUGUCUACAACCACUAUCUCUUCUUUGCCUGCAUCCUGGUUGUAGGCCUGGCCAUAGUCCUCUACCUCUUGCGGCUGCGCCGCAUCCACCGCCGGCAGCUGGACCUGCUCUGGCUGGACAAGGUGGUGCUGCUGCCCCCAGGCCAGGGGGACUUGCCAUGAUAUCAGUGGACAGUCACUGUCCAGUUACACCAGCAGAACCAGGACUGAAUGCCAGCCAGGGCUCCAAGAACUCAGACUCUUUCCUGAGGACCAUCUCAACUCUGUUCUCCAUUAUCCCCAUGUCAGAACCACAGGCCACAUGGCUGAGGCAGUUGUGGACGUUGGAGCCAGCCUCUCUAUCUCACCCCAGCCCUAAUCUUUGUUUCUUGGUCUCUGACCUUUGCCUUGCUGCACGGGGUGAAGAAGAACCCUUUACUGGCAGCACUCACACUGCAGCCCUUGCUGGACCUUCAGAGCAGAAGACAUUACUGAGGCAGCCAGCUCAGGGCUGCAGCCUGAAGCACCACACUAUCCUACAGCUUAGCCACCAGUUUGCAGAGCAGGCUGGCAAGGUGCUGUAGUUUAUCAGUGCCUGGUGUGAUCUUUCCACAGUCUGGCACAGGAUCCAGGCGAGCAGCAAGCUCCACUGAGCUGUUCUGCCAGGCCUGACCCUGUUCAGAACAUUCCCUGUCACAGUGAAUGGUUGUGCCUAAGGGGCAGCACUGAGGGCUCAGGGAACAUCUCAUAAGGCUGCGUUUCCUUUUAGUUGUGCCCUCCUACACGCACUCCCCUGUGGCAUCCCACAAGUUAAUCUGGCACUAAGUGCAAGGACCAGUGGUUCUUUCCCCCUGAAUGCAGGCUGGGCCUGCCUGUGGGGAAGCCACCUCUCUAGCUAUGCAUCCCUCCAUGCAUAGCCUUCAUAUUCUAGGCCUGGAGCCCCAAUUUCCCUAAUCAAGUUCUUCACUUUAUACUUGAAAUCAUGUUACCAUUCCUGAAGCAAUAAAAAAACAAACCUCAGAA